CUUUGGCAGAUUGGACAGACAGCAGUAAGGAAUUGCAGAGGAAAAGGAAACCAACUGAAAAGGGAAAAGAGCUGAGUAGGCCGAAGAAGGGCAAGGAGAAUGUUCGAAAACGAACAGCUGUUGCAUCGUCUGAAGAGGAAAAUCCUUUUGUUCCAUCAGCUAAUGCACUACUAACUGAUUUAUCGAACACAACUGUGACAUCUUCUAGACUUCAUCAGCCUUGGAAUAGGCCGUCAACUUUUAAACCAGGUUUAAGUUCAUCGUCGUACAUGAUGAAUGGAGAGCUGCUUAAUGGAUUAGAUCAUAUAAGCCAUGAAUGCCAUCCAAUGAGGAAUCAUGCAGCUGCAGGCUCAAGCAUUCAACAAUCUGGUUUGAGCUCAACAGCGUUCACACUGAGGGGAGAGAUGGCUUAUGAAGCUAAUCGUGCGUACUAUGAGAACCAAGGAUUGAUCUCUUCGUACGUACAUAGAGAUAUGGCGUAUGAACCACACCGUGCAAACUAUGGUGGCAACAGCCUUAAAACUAGGAAUUUUACUUCUGGUGAAGCAAGUAUUCAACCCGUUUUGAGCUCAUCGUACACAGUUAAUGAAGGCUUACCUGUUCACGAAUCAAAUGGUGAAAACAAUUCCAGCAAUCCAACUCUUCCAGCAGUCCAGUCUUAUGAGCCAGAUCCUCUUCGAGUUAACGUCCAAACUAGUAAUUUUAAUGGCGGUGUUGUAACUUAUGGUUACUUGGAAGACAAAAUAAAUUCUUUGUCGACCAGUCUCCAACAAGUAAAAGAUUUACUAAAGAAAAUUGUUCUAAUGAUUCAAAAGUCAUUACAAACCCCUGAAAAAUUCCUCAACAAAAAUGUAAAAUAUUUUGAGGAAGAAGUCAAAGAGUUGAUACAAAAUAUGCCUUUUGAUGAAGUGGAACAGUUGGUGGCGCUUGAAAAAGUAUGCUACCUAGUGAACCAUUUUAAAACUGCGAACACCCAAGCAAUCUUUGUGAGUCAAAUCUGGAGGAAGAUUUCUACAGACAAAUUGAUGCAAGUACUUCAGUGGAAAAGUGGACGAGGAGACGAUCAAAGAAACGGAAUUUCCCAAAUGAUUCAUCUCGUCUCAGUGAUGGGAGUUUCUCUUGAACUUUACUGCCAAAACAAAAAGAUUGAAGAACCUUCGAUAGUGGAACUUAAAGACUUCAUUCAGAAGGCGAGAAGUCAAGGCGGGGCACGGUUCCGAACUGCCAAUAAGAUUUCUCAUUCUGCAGCAAUGAACAACGAUCGUGCUGUCACAGACCAAGAAUAG